CUUUCUGUACUAAAUAUAUAAAUUAAUAAGAAAGAUAACUAAAUACAUUAACCAACUCUCUCUGUCUCUCUUAUCUUUUAUAUAAAUUUCAUCACCCAUCAGGGGCAUUUCAUUCAGUUUCUCUCAACUUGUUUAUCUUCCAUCCCCUCUGCUUCUACCUCUGCCACUACCUCUCCAUCCUCUAAAAAUCAUAAACAAACAUGAAAAACAGCGAUUCGACCGCGAUCAACAUUGCCGAGCCAGGCAAUGAGGCUAAGGGUGAAUCCACCACAGUAGACGCCAAAGGAAAAGCCGCAGCCGGUGCUCCGGUGACUGCCACCACAACAGCCACUAAGACGGCCAGGGAAGGAUGGAAGAAGGGGCUUGCCAUUUUUGACUUCAUUCUAAGGCUCUUAGCUAUUGGAGCCACUCUUGGAGCCAGCAUUGCCAUGGGAACAACAGAUCAGAUUCUCCCCAUUUUCACUCAAGCCUUCCAGUUUGAAGCUAGCUACAGCGAUCUCCCAGCUCUCCUGUUUUUUGUGAUUGCAAACGCCAUAGCUGCUGGUUUCCUUGUUCUCUCCCUUCCCUUUUCUAUAGUAGGCAUAGUUCGCCCACACGCAGAAGGACCAAAGCUACUUCUACUCAUCUUGGACACAGUUAUGGUCUCUCUCACGGCCGCCGGAGCUUCCUCAGCCGCUGCAAUUGUCUACUUGGCCCAUACUGGAAACUCCAACGCAAAUUGGGUAGCCAUCUGCCAGCAAUUCGAUAGUUUCUGUCAGCAGAGCAGUGGAGCUUUGGUGGGCUCUUUUGUCGCAACUCUCAUCUUCAUGAUGUUGGUUGUCAUGGCUGCCUUGGCCCUCCGAAAGCAUUGAGCAGAUGCAAAAUUUGGUCUACUCAAACUAUUGCCUGUACUGUUGUGCCUUUCGUAUAUGUAUUCCAUAGUCAGUUCCAAUAACUGAAUGCAAAUCCGGCCUCUUUCUUUUCA